AGAGCCCAUCCAUCAACCACACCUCCUCUCACACCUCCUCUCAUGUUUAUUUGGUUACAAAACCUUCAUCCACCUUAAUGACACUCCAUCUCGCUAGCUGAGUUGCCUCGACAGCUCUUUAGCAGCUGAAAAUACAAAAGGUAUGUCUGAUUUCCAAUCCCCUCCGUUUCCCGCGUCGAAUGAUGAUUAUACAUGCUGUGCACCAAUCCGAACGACUUGUACUCAUUACAAUGUGGACAUUUCACCUUAUAUGCAUUAACUGAUCGACCUUCAUUGUCAUAACUGGCUUAAUUCAAUUUUGAGCGGACACAGGCUGACAAUUUUGAGCUUAGCCGAAACAUACCCGUUGGAUAUCAACAAAACUCUUCACCUCGCCACCAUGGUGCUUCACAACCCCAACAAUUGGCAUUGGGUCAAUAAAGAUGUUUCUGUGUGGGCGAAGGAGUGGUUGGAGAAAGAACUCUCCACUGUCGAAGCCCAGGACGGUGAUAUCACCGCCAAGGUCGAUAAAAUCAUCAGCAUGGACGGGGACGUCGACGUGAGCCAACGGAAGAACAAGGUCAUCACCUUGUUCGACGUGAAGCUGCAGUUGGAAUACAGCGGCAAGAACGCGGAAGGAGAGGACGUCAGCGGCACCAUCACGGUCCCUGAGGUCGCUCACGAUACCGAGGAGGACGAGUUCGUCUUUGACGUGGAUGUCUACUCCGAGUCGGAGAAGAAGCAAGCCGUCAAAGACCUCGUCCGCUCCAAACUCACUCCCCAACUCCGUAAGAAACUCGUCGAGCUCGCCCCGGCCCUCAUCGCCGAGCAUGGCAAAGACCUGCAGCAUGCACCGGGCGCCAACCCAUCCAGCGGCUUCACCACCCCACAAUACGUGUCAAGCACUUCAACGCCGAAAGGUAGCGAUGCAUCAAAACCGGCAAGUUCAUUGCACACACCCACCAGCAACGUCAACGUCGUGACCCUAAACGAUGACGCCGAGUUCCGCACCAGCGCCGACCAACUCUACCAGACCUUCACUGAUCCCCAACGCGUCGCCGCCUUCACGCGUGCCGCACCCAGCCAAUGGGAGGGCGCGCGGCAAGGCGGCAAGUUCGAGUUGUUCGGCGGGAACGUCAGCGGGGAGUUCGUGGAGCUGGCGGCGCCGACGCGGAUCGUGCAGAAAUGGCGGCUCGCACAGUGGCCGGCGGGGCAUUUCUCGACGCUGGCGAUCCACUUCGAUCAGAACAACGUGGACGGAGUGACGGUGAUGCGGGUGAACUGGGAGGGGGUGCCGGCGGGCCAGGAGGAGGUGACGAAGCGGAAUUGGGGGGAGUAUUACGUGCGGAGUAUAAAGAUGACGUUUGGGUUUGGGACGGUGCUGUAAGAUGAUGAACGUAUGGGAAUGACUUGACGAUUAUAGGAGGGUUAACGGGAUGCGGAGCAAUGGUGGACGGCUACAUCACAUUAGAGAAUAUCAUCCAAGCAGCAGUUGCUACCUUGAACGACGUCUUGCGCCAAUAUUGUAUUGUGCAUUCAUCUACUGUGUAUCUGGAGGAAGGCUCUCGUGCCAACGUCGCUUGGGAUUCCUUUUCCUCGGGUCAAGCAUUUCCAAUUGCCACCUAUUCACUCUCUGUAGCUUUUCCGUGAUAGGGCUCGCUCCUGGCACCACGUCUACACCGCUCAGGUGGUACAGCUUCGUGCCUGCCCGAUUCCCCCAACCCCGAACACUCUGUCCGCACACCCUCCC